CGGCGCCGCUCAGUACACUCGCAACCGGCGACGAAGGCACGCGUUGCCAUUUACAAACAAACUUAUGACGAUAAUAAAUAAACUUAAAAUAAUCUUAUCAUUAUAGUUUUAAGAAGUGUUUAUAAACAUUUGGGCUUUAUGUCUUUAACCCUAAUAAGCUAAAAGUUGCCGAAAAACGCGGUAGUGAAACCGACGCGUUUACGCAUAUGCUAAUAAGCCGGCAUUACGGAGAAUUCGAAAUUUGUAUUAGUGAAGAUUUACGAGUUUGGCGAAUUUGGCACUUAAUAGUGCUAUCCUCUAGGAGUGCAUUGCGGGAUUUACUAUGGUCCAGCGGGUAGCUACAGAUGAGCGUCCAUUCGAGACGCCCUCAUCUGACGAAAGCGGUCUGGGUAGAAGCGACUCCCCCAGCGAUGAUUCGGAGCCAGAAGCGGCACUGGUGGUACCACCAGAUGGCGGUUGGGGCUGGGUCAUAGUGGCUGCAUCAUUCAUGUGCAACUUUCUUGUGGAUGGGAUUAUUUUUUCUGGAGGGAUGUUGCUAGAACCCAUUCAGAAAGAAUUUAAUGCGAGCGGUGGACAAGUGGCACCAGUUAAUUCUUUACUCGCUGGAUUUUAUCUGUUAGCUGGUCCGUUUGUUUCGGCGUUAGCUAACAAAUACGGUUUCCGGGUGGUGACAAUAAUCGGAAGUGUGAUAUCGAGUGCCGCCUUCGCGAUCUCCUAUUUCGCCACCAGCGUUGAGUAUCUCUAUCUCGUUUAUGGCAUCGUGGGAGGACUCGGUUUCUGCAUGAUAUACAUGCCCGCGGUGUUGACCGUUGGGUUCUACUUCGAGAGAUGGCGAGCGUUGGCCACAGGACUCGCGCUGUGCGGUUCCGGCGUCGGCACCUUCGUGUUCGCACCACUUACCGAGACACUCAUCCACGGACUCGGCUGGAGGAUGACCAUUCUUAUACAUGCAGGUUUUGUUCUGCUGUGUCUCGUAUGUGGGGCCCUGUUCAGACCGAUCAACCCAGUACGAGUGACAUUAGCUGAUCAACAGGAAGAAGAUACUUCGCGUCGUCAUGAGGAAGCCGUCGAAAAGCUAAACUCGAUGUUAAAACUUCACAAUAAACUCGAUUCUGGUAUAUCGAUGCCAACAGAGAUGAGAUUUACGAAUAAAGUGAGUCCGCAUACUUGGAUGGGCGUCGCUAACAAUACACGUUAUCCGACCGCUGAAGAAAUAUUUCGAGGAAGUAAUUCCCAUCUCAGCAGACGGUCAUCGGCAACGGCAAGCACAUUGAAGAAUCAUGGCAAUAAACCAUUCCAUUUUAUAGCCGUUCCAGUUGCAGAAAAGGAUGAACAAGAAGACUCUAAUAGCAAUAUCGACAACGCUGAACCUCUAAUAUCUGAAUCAGUUAAAGUAGUAACCAGGGAUGCCAGAUCUCGUCGUUCUCAUAUUGAUUUGGUUGCGAGACCUUUCUAUCGUGAUGACAUCUUCUUCGGCGGCAGUCUAGCAAGAGUACCGCAAUACACUUCUCGAACUUCUCUGGGUUAUCAUCUCCACGUUACACAUGUUCCCACACAAGAAGACGCUCAAGAAGAACACUCUGGCAAAUGCCGACUAUGUCCCGAAGCUGUGAGACGUGCUUUAGCUACAUUAUUAGAUGUCAGUCUAUUUCGAUCACCGACGUUUUUGAUUCUCGCUGUGAGUGGAUUCUUUACGAUGCUGGGAUUCUUCGUACCUUACAUGUAUGUGAAACAAAGAGCGGAACUUAAUGGAGUUGGUAAAGCGAGUAGUCUUAUGCUUGUAUCAGCUAUUGGCGUUGCUAAUAUCAUUGGUCGUAUCGCAUGCGGACUCGUUUCUUCGACACCAAAAGUAUCUCCUUUGUGGUUAAACAAUAUAGCCCUUUCUGCUGGCGGGAUUGCGACCAUGAUCAGUGGACUCUGCUAUGACGAUUUCUAUCAGUUCGGAUAUUGUGCUAUCUUUGGACUUUCAAUUGCGUGCUUCGCAUCACUUCGUUCGAUUCUCGUCGUGGAGUACAUCGGACUAGAGCAGCUGACGAAUUGCUUCGGGUUGUUCCUACUGUUCCAGGGUUUCGGUGCGCUUUUGGGUGCACCAAUCGCUGGCGCCUUAAUGGAUAUGACAAAGAGUUACGAGAUAUCUUUCUAUGUUUCCGGCGGUUUCCUCCUCCUCUCUGCCGUGAUGUGUUAUCCCGUGGACUACAUCAGUAGAUGGGAGAAAUCAAGAAACAAACUCGCUUCGACACCAAAAGUGUGAAAAACAUCAUUUUUGCUCCUGGCUUCUAUGAACCAAGUGAAUAUUACUGUAAAAAAACUAUGAUAGAAUCUGACAUAUGUUUUUAACAAUUGAUAGUCUAUGGUCCGUUUUAGGACGCUUAAAAUCAGUGUUUAUUUAAUUAUGUUUACAUUUUAGUGACAAUUAACACUGCCCUGUACUUUCCACACUUUUAGACUUCCUAUUAACGGUUAAUAUUUUUAAAUGAGAUUUAAAAAACUAGGAAUGGGGUUAAAUCUAUUUUCUAAUUUUUAUGGGACGUUUACACCCUAUAAACAAUUUCAAAAUAUUUCAUUUAUAGGUAUAAUUAUGAGUAAAUUGUAUAUUGUAAAAUAAAUCCGUACUUAUUAUUGUAUAUUUGUUACAGAACAAAAUCGUAUUGCCUAAUGAAUGUGCUCUCUGAUUAUAUUAAAAAAUAGGAAUACAAUAAUUGAAUACAUAUCCUUUGUACUUACAAACAUCACAUACUUGCCAUAAACAAUUUGCAUAUUUAUAACGAUGUAAAUUGAUAAGUGCCUAGAUAUGUGUAGUUACUGUAAAUAUUAUUAAAUCAAUGUUACAGGUAAUUUAUUUAAAACAUACGUAACAUUACUUUCAGUAACAUUGGCCAUACUGAAAAGGAAUUUUGAUGUUGCAAUGACUCGAUCGAGUUAAAUAAAUGCAUUUAAAAUAAUAGUUUAGUAGUAACUUGUUAAAGUACAAAACUCGAUAUAUUAUU